UUAUAUUAGCUUAAGUACUAGAUCUCCCCCUCUUCAGUACCUAGUUAAUUGGAUCCCAGCUUUCUUCCCUUCUCUUUUCCUCUCUCUCUCUCACUAUCUCUCCACAUAAUUUCUAUAUAUAUGACCCUUUAAGUUCUACUGUUGUGAUACAUAGCCAAGUUCUAACGGAGGAGGGGAUUGAAAGAGAAUAAAAGCGGCCUUUUUCUUUCUCCUCGGUGUUCUGUAAUUUGCAAGAGCUUGUUCUUCUUUUCUUUUCCUUUGCUUUCUUUCUUUCUCCUUCUUGGGUAAACAAGUUUGCUUUGACUGCCUACGGAACAUGUCGACCUGCAUCGAUGUUGCGUCUGAGCAACUCUGCUACAUCCCCUGCAACUUUUGCAACAUCGUUCUUGCGGUAAGUGUUCCAUGCAGCAACCUCUUUGACAUCGUGACGGUCCGAUGCGGGCACUGCACCAAUCUAUGGUCCGUGAACAUGGCCGCCGCGUUUCAGUCACUGUCAUGGCAAGAUGUUCAGGCGACGAAAUCCACAACGGAUUACAAGAUUGACUCGGGCUCCUCUUCCAAGUGCAAUAACAAAAUUGCAAUGCGAGCACAGGUCACCACACAUGCAGCCAUUGAUCAGGAAAGGGUGGUGAAUCGACCUCCCGAGAAGAGGCAGCGAGUACCAUCUGCAUACAAUCAGUUUAUAAAGGAGGAGAUCCAGAGGAUCAAGGCCAAUAAUCCGGAUAUUAGCCACAGGGAAGCAUUUAGCACUGCUGCAAAAAAUUGGGCACACUUCCCUCAUAUUCAUUUCGGGCUGACGUUGGAGACCAACAAUCAAGCUAAGCUGUCCAAUGGCUCUGAUAAGCAUCUAACGUCAAGGGCUGCUGCACUACUGAAUAAAUGAAGGCUGUCAUGAUUAAUCUUCCAAACCACUUCAGUAAUAUGCACGUCCUUUAGUAAACAAAAGCCUCGACUUUGUUGUGGUUUAAGGACAGUUGAUUGUAUUUGAGACAAGUUGUUUUGGUAAUUUUAUUUAAUAAUUACAAGA